AGCCGUAAAUAUGCUGAUUGGACUUCAUGGUAUCGUAGACGUGUUCGUUGAGUUGCUGAUGUGUUUCAUGUGUCUUUGGAGUCGAGAGGACAUAAUGUAGCUUGUGGACACCAACAAAUGGGAGGAGCUUUAACAUCUGGAGAGAGGUGUGUUACCAUACAAGUUGGCAGGAUCAUCCCUUUGAAGUCAACUCAGAAAGGGGUGGAAGUUUAUCAGCGUUGACAUCUCCAUGGAGACGUCGGAAGAGCUGACUCAAAGGCUCCGUCGGAGGUCGCGCUCCCCUCCGCGCCAUCCUGUCCCUCAUAAACACCUUGACCGGUGCCCCGCCCACAGGAGGAAGCCAACCAAUGACGGCAUCUCGCGCAGGUUGGGAAAAGUGCUCGCGAUCGGCAGCCUCAGCAGCUCGGAAGAGGAGCUUCUGACCACACAUGAGAACAGUGGUGACGACCGGGACCGAGACGACAUGGACCACGGCCACUGGUGGUAUCCCAGUGAACUCACGGCCAUGCCCACACAGCAGGUGUCAUGGCAACAGUCCACAGACGGUGAGCGUCUCAUUGGGCGAAUUCUGCUGAACAAGACCAUGAAGGACGGAUCCAUUCACGCAGACACUGGCGCGCUGCUUGGACUUAAGGUGGUUGGCGGUAAGAUGACAGAUUCUGGUCAUCUCUGUGCGUUCAUCACUAAAGUGAAACAAGGAAGUCUAGCAGACGUUGUGGGACACCUGAGAGCAGGUGAUCAGGUUGUGGAGUGGAAUGGUCACGUUCUACAAGGCGCCACUUUCAACGACGUUUACAACAUCAUCCUGGAGUCCAAAUCAGAGCCACAAGUGGAGCUGUUGGUGUCACGACCGAUCAGAGCUGCAGACUCUUCCCAUUGCCAGCUAGUCUCCAGUUCCAGUUCCUUUGACUCUCCCAUAAGCCUGAACGCAAUGCAAGGACAGGUUUUGACUGAAAACACGCGGGUUUUGCUUCCCAGACUUCAGGUGAAGCUGUGGUAUGAUAAAGUUGGCCAUCAGCUGAUGGUCACUGUCCUCGGAGCUAAAGAACUUCCUGUUCGAAUAGACGGCCGGCCCCGGAACAUUUAUGUUGAAAUCUACUUACUUCCUGACAGAAGUGGUAAAAGUAAGCGGAGGACAAAGACCGUGAAGAAGUUGGCCGAACCUCGGUGGAACCAGACCUUCAUCUACUCUCCGGUCCACGAACGGGACUUCCAAGAGCGCAUGUUGGAGUUGACGGUCUGGGAUCAGGCCGGAAUUGCUGAGGAAGAGAGUCAGUUCCUCGGAGAGGUUGUGAUCGGGCUGGAGAAGACCACAGUGCUGGAUGAUCAGCCUCACUGGUUCAAACUUCACAGGAACACUUUUGCCUCUCUGCCGCGAGCCAACACCUCUCCCUACCUGCAGAGGAGAGUACUCCAGCAUGGACCCGCUACCAGGAGGCUGCACUGUUUUAAUAGGUUCAGCGAUGGAGACUUUUCCGAUUAUGACUGCGAGGACGUUAUCGGGGUGAUAUCAGAUUCCCGUCAGAACGGCCAACACCUCUACAGCUCUGCACACUCUCUAAACGAGCACGGGCAGUCAUCUCGUCCCGGCUCGCGAUGCGACCCGAUCAUGGCGAGGUGUGAUCCGGCCCCGGCGAGGUGCUCGUCGCCAAGCCACAGUGCAAACCCUCUUUACCCGCUUUACCGCGAAGACGCCGUGCGGAUGCUGCGAGCCUCUAAGAUCACUCGAACUCAUUCUGAUGUCGGACGCUAUGGCAGCCUGGACAAGAGGUUAUUGAGGAGAAGGUCUGGGGCCAUCUCUCUUGAUUCCCAUGACUGUUACUCUGGAAGAUUGUGUAAUACUCCCUGGCCAAACCACAAGACAAAUGGGAGCGUUGAGGACUUCAGCCAGAACUUCAUCCCAAACUUGCCCUCGGAAGCAGAACCCUUCGAUGAGGAGCUGUUAAGGGUCGGCCGGCAUGAUGGGUCGAUCCAUUUGAGUCCGAUAGGGAGCCCCGAGUGCAGUCGCCGAGUACGUCAGUUGCCUGCGGUCCCACCCAAAGGUGCUCCGGACACACUUUGCACCACGGCCACAAAAGGAACACUAACUGGGGCUGAAGCUCCACCCACUGCCCUUCCCCCUCCCCCCUCACACAGACAGGCUCCAUCCACUGGCAACCAUCAAUGCCCUCCGCUCAUUAGAAUACAAGCUCCGCCUCCCACAGAACCUUCACACUUCCAUUGCCAAGUCUCGCCCUCUCCCACCGCCCCACCUAACCCAGUUCCUCCCCCACCCCCCACCGCUUCUCAUCAAGCUCCUCCCCAACCUGCCCCAGCCCCUCCCCCAACCACCACAACUCAUCAAGCGCCUUCCCCACCUGCCACAGCUUCUCCCCCUCCCUUGUCAACGACUCAUCAAGAUCCACCUCCCCCAGCCCCCUCCUCUUGUCAUCAAGCUCCGCCUCCCUCAGCAGCAUGCUGGUCGCCGGCCCCACCUUCUCAGACACCAGAGGCGGACAGACGCUCAGCCACGCCCGGAGGCAGCAGGAAAGAGGUCACAUGGGAGGACCAACAGAUGAAAGGAGCUAACGGUACAUUAGCUUGUACACUUGCAAGAAAAAGUGUGAUGAAGGAUCCAGAAAGGAUGCGGGACAGUCUCUCGAAGUCGUCCCUCAGCAACUUGAGCGACGUGUCUUCUGAGUCCGUCGUCCUCUACGACCUUCAAAGUGUCAGUCAAGCGGAAGGUCCGGAGAGUCUAGGGGGUUUGGAGGCUUUGUCGGGGCCAGGAUCGACAGAAAAGACCACCCUGCAGAACAGCGAAUCGGUGGAGGAAGGAGAGGAGGAGCCUGAGUCGUCAAAGGUGGCAGCAGCACCUGCCGCCAAGUCUGCCAGUGUGGGGGGUGACAUUUGUUCUCUGAGCCGUAACGACGACGACGACGACGACAAGAAGCGGCGAUCCAGUUUGGGCGCUCGUGUGAUGGGAAUGGUCGGACUGGGAAAGAAGAGCCAAAGCACCUCGCAACUCAAUCCGGAAGAGGAAGAUAAGAAGAAGAAGGUGGUGAGACUUCCCAUUCAGAGGAGCGUGGAAACCGGACUGGCUGUGGAGUUUAAGUCUCGCUUCACACGACAGCCAAGCCGCGAUCCUGACGCAGAGGACCCGAAGCCCGGAGCUUUGAUCUUUCCGGGAGUCAAACUGGCCACAGACAAACACUUCACCGGUUUCCUUGAUGGGUUAGGCCCAGCCCAGCUGGCUGGGAGACAGACGUUGGCUACACCUCCCAUGGGAGACAUCCAGAUCGGAAUGGUCUACAGGAAGGAGCGCCUAGACGUGGAGGUGAUCCGGGCCAGGGGGCUUGUGGGUAAACAAGGCAACAAAAAUACACCAGCUGCAUAUGUGAAGGUCUACCUGAUGGAUAAUGGCAAAUGUUUGUUGAAGCGAAGAACUCGUCUGGCCAGAAAGACGCUGGAUCCUCUUUAUCAACAACAGCUGCAGUUUGAAGAGAAUCCGGAAGGCAAAGUUCUACAGAUCAUUGUGUGGGGGGACUAUGGAAAGAUGGACCAUAAAUCCUUCAUGGGUGCUGCUCAGGUUCUACUGGAUGACUUGGACCUGUCAAUCAUGGUGAUUGGUUGGUUUAAAUUGUUUCCUGCCACCUCCUUGGUGGACCCCGCUUUGGCUCCACUGACCAAUAAAGAAACUGAGGGCAGCUGCACACCAUAGCACUAACAAAGGGGGUGCUGAUGGAAAAGUGUCUCCUCCACUGUGAUCGUCGCACAUUCCGAGAGAGGUGGAGGAAAAGGAUGUCUACGUUUGCCAGGAAAUCACAGCUGCUCCUAAGGAAACACGUGACUUUUUUGAAUUUCGGUGCCCGCAUCAAAAACAUGGGACUGGCGCGUCAGCCUUCUAGAAGAGUCCAUGGAGAGGAUUAGGGCUGCGAGUUAAGCUAAGGGAUAGUGAACAAGUCACCAAAAUGGGCAGAGCAAGGACAUUUAAUGUGACAAAUCAGACACCCGCUGUCAGAUUUUCUUCUUCAGGUCAAGGUGAGACGUGAAAAUAAAAAUUGUUAAUGUUUUCAAUUCUGGUGGCUCUUUUCUUCUCUGGAAC